AUGGCUAAAAUAGAGAAUGGUCGCCAGUCGGCCGACUCAAGAAGUAUCAGGACAAUUAGCAGCAGUCAUAUGGACGACGAGAGCUCUCUUGGCUCAGACUCCGAGAUCAACGGCUUUACCAACGACAGGCAUACCGAUAAAUAUGGAUUUAUUGGAGGGGCGCAACAGUAUUCAGAAGAAUCGUAAGUAACCUUGGUGUUCUGCUCGCAUGGCCCAUCAUUUGCAAGUUUGCUUACUCCUGUAGUUGCUUGGCUAACUGUCUCAACUUGGGUGGGGAAGGUGUGAAAUGUUUACCAAAUGCCAAUUCUUUCACAGAUGUACAUGAACUGAACUACAUCAAAUGUGUGUUUUAAAGGUUUCUCUUCUCUAACCCCACCCAUGAAAAAUAAAUGCCACCAGUAUCAACCUCCCAAUCAUGUCUCCUAGUUGAUAUGUGAAUGGGAUAUUUGAGGUGGACUUGAUAGAAACUCACUGUUCUUACAGAAUGUGAUUUAUUUCUCUAGCUAGCUAUGUCAUUUAAAUACAGUACUAUUUUAAGACCUGUGCAUUUUUUUUUACUAACAUCAUAGUCUCUGUAAACAGCCCUGCCUUCCAGCCACUUCUCUGCUCUAAAGUUCAUGGGAUGCCCCUGAUUGUUUGUUAUUGUCCAAUGUUUGGUCUGUAUAACAUAAGAACAGAAUACUCUGGAGGCGAACCGAGAAUAACCUGUGGGGUGUGAAGGGUGACGCUGACGACCGGCUUUAUCAUCUUAAACUCCUUUCCAGUUCAUCCACCUCUUUUGUUGUGCGUCUUUGAAUGACAAUGGCUUAUGGACACUGACGGCAUAUAACUUUCGACUGUGCAGCUGGCAGCAUGGAGACGCAAAUGCUCCCUUUUUGUUAUUGUAGGGACACUAGGUUUUUACAUUUACAUUUUAGUCAUUUAGCAGACGCUCUUAUCCAGAGCGACUUACAGGAGCAAUUAGGGUUAAGUGCCUUGCUCAAGGGCACAUCGACAGAUUUUUCACCUAGUCGGCUCGGGGAUUAGAACCAGCGACCUUUCGGUUACUGGCACAACGCUCUUAACCACUAAGUUACCUGCCGCCCCUAGGUUUUGUUUUCUUGAGCACGUGUUCUUCCUUUUACACUUGGUUCAGCACUUCUUUUUCAUGCCUGUGAUUUAGCUCUUUUCCUAACGCUAAUAGUUUCCUUCUUAGGAUGCGUAAAGUUAGAGCACAAUUACACAACUGGAUUCUCUGUCACUGGAUUACUGCUCCCUUCGCCCUGCGGAGUAGCACACUGUGAGUGGAGGAUUGAAUGAAAGUUGUGCCAAGCAUUAGCUGCUUGGGAGCUUCCUGUUUUCUGCAAGGUUGGCUGGCCUUGUGCCACAGCUCUGGUGCCCCGUUGUGGCUAAGGGUUUUAUCGGAAGUGGAAGACAAAAGGGUUUUAUUUUAUUUUCAUUUGUGUAGGGUGGUAGACAAACUUGCAAAGGAGAUGCACAUAUUUAUAGCUCUUGGCAAAUUUUGGGGAUUGGAGUGAACAGAAUUACAGCAGACUUCUUUUACGGAAAGAGGGUUGUCCAAAUUUAAAGGCCUCUCUUUGAAAACUUCUUACAUCUCAUGAUUACAAGGUUGUGCUGAUGAUUACAUACAGUUGAGCGCCAUCAGGCCAAGCUAUAAGAAAACGUUAGGCCUAUAUUUUGUCAUGCUUUGUGAGUGUUCCAUCAUUCUCAGUUCCGUUUCUUGGAUAGAGCCAAACUUACCACAUUAUAGCAUUACCUCAUCUCUCGACUGGUUCUGCACCAGGCCCGCCCUGCCUAAGUACGUAGAGGGAAAAUCGAAUGCCUCUCGGAUAGCCUACCUGUUUUUCCAUUUACCCCUGCUUGAAUCUCUUAUCUUUGAUGCUUCAAAACCUGUCCAUUUGCAUUGUAGUUCUUCUAUACACCGUUUAUAUAAAAAUAGCUGUAAUACACACACACACUUCUGAGAUACAUUCUAUUAUUGUUCUUAGAUAUAGUUUUGGACAUGCUAAUAUUUUCUUCCUCAUGUUCUUCUCUCUCCCCCCCCAGGGCUCAGGACGUCCCUCCAGAGGUGUUGAGGCAGCGAGAGGUCAAGUGGCUGGACAUGCUCAGCAACUGGGACAAAUGGAUGGUCAAAAGACACAAAAAGGUCAGAGAGCUGCUGAGAUUUGGAACAUUCAUAGGUCUGACAACUUCAUUUGUUGCCGUGUCUAGACUGUUUUAACACUGUCUCUCACCAUCUGGUCUCAAUUAUUCCUCAAACAAUCCUAAAUACAUUUUUGCACAGUAUGUGGCAACUCCUUAUUAUGUUAUUAGCCAACCAGGGCCUAGUUAGUGCUUGCAUCUUGUUGACACUGCCCUGUAUUUGUACAUUAAACUAUUACUUCCAUUCCAUCCUCUGUCCAGGGCAGGCAUGUUGGGUGUUUGGGCUGUAUUGGACGAUAACAUGUUGCAGUGCCUAAUAAUUCAAAGACAAGCCAGUGUUAACCUGUAUGUCGCUCACACAUUGGCCUGUUUGUUCCUCUGUAAACUUAAAAUGUUUGGAAGAAGCAUAAAACCUUUGAUAGUUUUCUUCAUGGAGGUUGUGCUGGGCUUUGGCCUCUGGCCAGUUUGUUUGCAUCUCCAGUUGCCUAGCCGGAUCUACCAGUGUGUCUAGCGUUAACUAUUCAACUACAGCCUCACCUCAUUUCCUUGAGUCAGUGGUUAGUGCUGUCCGGUAUCCUUAGGGGGUCCCUACCCUAAACUCUAACCCUUACCUAACCAUUUUACAUUUAAACUUUAAUGGAGAAGGGACGUCCCAAGGAUCCCGGAUAUCAUGAGCCUUUCAUCUCCCUCACCGACUCCAUGCUGGGCUAAGUGACAGAGCAACACUCUGGGUGUGGUAAUACUAACAUCACAUCCCUGUUACAAAGAUGGUGGUGAGAUUUCAGGUUUGACAGAGACUAGCUUGUUCUGACUGCAAUCUCAAGUAUGGACUUGGUUAAGGGCAUUGCCACAUGAAACACUGUUGGGCACACUUAAAUAAACACAAUUAUUCAGUAGGCAUUUUUCCUGUGACUGCUAUGCUGGUUAAUUGAGGUCAGUCAGUGAAGGCCGUCGUGUCUCUGUUUCCGCUUCUCUACUUUGUUGUUCCAUGACAUCUUCAUAUGGAUGUUCACACUCUUCUGGGAGGAGUAGGAGUGGUCUAUGAUCUCAGUAAAAAUAAAUGGACUGAGUAGUACUGUGAAUAAGCUGUUAUUCCACUGAACCUGUACAAUAUUGUCUUGGAUCACCUAUGUCCAAAGGCCUGUUCUGUUUCCCAUGAAUAUGGGGUCCCUCCAGUUCAGUCAACGAUACUGGCCUACAGUAUAAAGCUGUAGUAUAAUAACUCUGUUGUAAUGCAGCUUUAUUUUAACUGGCACAUUCCUUGGUUGGUGAUGAAUACAUUUCUGUCUCUGUUUUAACAGGUGAGACUGCGGUGUCAGAAAGGGAUUCCUCCCUCACUGCGAGGCCGUGCUUGGCUCUACCUGUCAGGAGGAAAAGUGAAGAGGGAACAGAACCGAGGGAAGUUUGAGGUUGGUUAUGUUCUUUCCAUUGCUCUCUGUUUGUUUUUACUGUGUGGGACUGUGGUUGACUCUCCCUGGUGUUGUUUCAGGAGCUGGACAGUCAGGCUGGAGACCCGAAGGAGCUGGACGUGAUUGAGAAAGACCUGCACAGACAGUUCCCCUUCCAUGAGAUGUUUGUGUCACGGGGGGGCCACGGGUUAGUUGUCUCACACAGUGGAAUAAUUGACCCUCACUCAGUGACUGAUGUUUAACUUUUUGUCUUGUUUGUCCUUGUGUGUGUUCAUUGCUGUGUUCAUGGGUUUGUAUGUUUGUUUGUUUGUUUACCCACACAGGCAGCAGGACCUGUUCCGUGUUCUGAAGGCCUACACACUGUACAGGCCAGAGGAGGGCUACUGUCAAGCCCAGGCUCCCAUUGCUGCUGUGCUGCUCAUGCACAUGCCUGCUGAGGUGAACCCUGUGCCUCUGGGCUCAUGCUUGAACUGCUUCUCUCACAAUGACUGCCUGACCUUUGGUGUAGCUCAGUGAAUAGUGCUCUGAACCAGCUUCCUACUUUUUGUGACCCUAUUUACGAUGGAAUUGUUUAUGUAUGCUACACUUAUAGUUUGCCUGCCACUAGUGUGUGCUUUAGUUUUGUUUCCCUCUUAAAGGGAAGGUUCUAGUCCCAAUUUCCUAACACCAUCAUCUGUAUGUUUUUCCACAGGAUGCGUUCUGGGGGCUGGUCCAAAUUUGUGAGAAGUACCUUCCUGGAUACUACAGUGCUGGGCUGGUAAGACAUGUACCCUUCACUAAUGCACUACAGGUUAGGUAGACCACACAAGAUAUGUUUUGUUAUCCUGUCAGUAUGAGACUACAUGCUUCUUUCGCUCUUCUUUCCCUGCAGGAGGCCAUCCAGUUAGAUGGAGAAAUCCUGUAUGCCUUGACUCGGCGCGUCUCCCCACUAGCCUACCGCCACCUGGAGAAACACAAGAUGGAGCCCAUCCUCUACAUGACAGAGUGGUUCAUGUGUGCCUUCUCCCGCACCCUGCCCUGGGCCUCAGUGCUCCGCGUCUGGGACAUGUUCCUCUGUGACGGUUAGUUGCAGAAACUUCCACACAAACAUCUGUCUUGCAUUCAUUCAGUUACAACCUCCAAUUUAUACACUGGACAUCUACAGUAAGGGAGAGUGGGGUAAGUUGAGCCAUUUUUUACUUUCACUCUGUCAAGGGAAAUAUAGUAUUCUUUCUAACAAAGAUAUCUACUAAUAUUUUAGGAUGUGUAUCCCUGUAAAUAAUCAGAAUUCAUGUAAACAUUACAGUUUUGAAAACAUAGCUUGUCCAAAUAAAGUGAUCUCUUGGCACAACUUACCACGGGUAUGGGGUAAGUUGAGCCGCUGGACAGGGUAAGUUAAGCCGCCUACAAAUGUCUGUACUGAAUGAAAUAUUACCACUACCUUUUUAAAGCCAUGUCUAUUUUCAUUUCCCAAACACAAUUCAUCACAAUCGCUUUUUGGUCUUUUAAUCAUUUUAAGCUUCUAAACACGUUUAACACCUAACAGUUAAAAAUAUUUUUUUAAAAACACUUAACAUAGGCCAGGCCCUGUUAUUACCUCAAAUCCCAGCGAUAAUGCCUUGUAUUACACCUGGGAAGAAAACAUUUCAAUUUGCUCAUCUUGCCAUUGGCUCAACUUACCCCAUGGCCAUUGGCUGAACUUACCCAAGGCAAACAUUUUGACUAUUACCCCACACAGCUAGAAGGAUGCACGUUCAUGCUAGGUUUAGGACCUCCUAUUGAAGCUUAUAGAGUCCAACUGAUCUAAACAGCAUCACGAAACCAUUCAAACAAUACAUUCAUUUGACUUGGUGAAAAUCAGUUUUUUGGACCUAACUUGCUUACCACUUUUUCCAUGUGGUUUCUUCCUUCACAGACGUGAUGAAAUUAGGCCUCUUCCUAAAUAUUUGGUCCAAUGAUUAAUUUUGUGUAUGGUUUCCUAGAAACGAGGGUGGCUCAAUUUACCCCACUCUCCCUUAUUGAUCACCCAAAUGAUAUAAUCAGUAAAGUUCCUCUGAUGCUUGAAAUUGUGGAUUCUAACAUCUGGAAUCAUCCAUCAUGUCCAGUUAGUGACCGUGUGACCUCUGACCCCUCCCCCAGGUGUGAAGAUCAUCUUCCGGGUGGGCCUGGUGCUGCUGAAGUGCAUGCUGGGUACCCGUGAGAAGCUGAAGGCGUGUCAGGGCCAGUAUGAGACCAUGGAGCUGCUGAGGGCCAUAGAGCCACGCUACAUGCAGGAGGGCUUCCUAGUCAGAGAGGUAAGGACUUCACUAGCAGGGAGAGAUACAUAGGACUUACCCAAUAAUAAACAUGGUUAGCGAUGCAUAACCACAGGAGAAGUAUGGUCUUUGAGCAGACUGGGGUAGUAGCAAGGACCAAGAGAAUGAGAUCACACCCCUAUUUCACCCAGAUUGAGAAUAGUCAUCAUUGUUUGUCUGUAGAGAACAAUGGCUGUUCAGAACUCUGUAGUACUGUGGAAAUGUAGAGUUCAGAGUGGAAGUUCAACUGAUGCAGAGAGAGACACAUUGACCACAGUUCUGACUAGUUAGUGUCUAGUCCCUUUCCUUGGCUUCGUGUGAGUGUCUCUUCAGUUUGACAAUAGCCUCUCUGAUAGAGUUGACCAUCCUCACUGUGAGACGCUCCUUCAGCCUCAGGCAGUUUGACAUUUACUAACAAGGUUAAGAUUAGGACUGGAAUGAAUCCCCACUGAAAGAGCCUUUUCUCCUCUUGGCCAUUAGCACUGGUCUUUUUGCAUCACAUUUCCUACUAGGCAGACUAAACCAAUUUUCUAUUUAGAAACACUGUACUAUGUGCCUGUAAUGUCAACCACCAGCAGUAACCUCUCUUCUCCUCCAUCAGGUUCUGGAGGUGCCUGUGUCAGAGCGGGACGUUGAAAGGGAGCACCAUGUUCAGCUGAAGCGCUGGAGGAAGAACCAUGGUGAGCUUCACUGCAAGUCCCCUCCCAGAAUGCAUGGUGCCAGGGCUAUCAUGGCCUCGGAGCCUCCCAGUCGCCAGGACCUGCGUCAGAACCCCACCAUCAUCGUAGAGUCGCCCCUGCCUCCCCCUCAGCCCACACCUCAGCUGAAGAAGGGAGAGAAGAAGAGCAAGAAGGAAGGAAGUAUGAAGAAAGCCCCUCCUGUCAUGGAGAUCCCCAACCCUUAUCCUUUACCCGGUGACCCUCAGCUUCCACUGAGAUAUCCUCAGCCUCAGCUUCCACUGAGAUAUCCUCUGCCUCAGCCUACUCUGAGAGACUCAACAGUACAGCAGCCCCUCGUCAAUGACACACCCCUCCCAAACACACCUGAAGAAUCUCCACCGCCUCACCAACCUCCCCUUAACGACCAACCUCCCCUUAACGACCAACCUCCCCUUAACGACCAACCUCCCCUUAACGACCAACCUCCCCUUAACGACCAACCUCCCCUUAACGACCAACCACCCCUUAACGACCAACCAUCCCUUAACGACCAGUCUCUUCUAACAGUGUCGCCUCUCCAGAAGUCCACACAGAGCCUGAGUAGCACAGAGGCAGAUCAGGACACAUACCUGUAG